AUGAGAUCCACGACACUGCUUGAAGCGGGCGUCACACUCGCAGCAUCAGCGAGGGCAUGGCAGCUCCCCAACGCAAACCAACAGCCCUUCUGGGUGCAACAACAGCGCCCUCUGGGCUCUAUACCCGAGGAUGACAGCGACAUCGACAUUGUGACGGGCUCGCAGUUCCGCGGUCUCAAGACCUUUGCCAACCUGCCCUACGUGAACGCCCUCUCGGACGAGGAGGCCGGGGACAACAGGUACGACAUUGCCAUCUUCGGGGCCCCCUUCGAUACAGCGACAUCUGGGAGACCCGGCGCCCGCUUUGGGCCGAGCGGGAUCAGGACGGGCAGCCAGCGCAUGUUUCCUGACUCCAUCUCUGUCUACACGGGCGAGGGCACGCUAAACCAGUGGGCCAAGGUCGUGGACUGCGGUGAUGUCGGGCUGACGUGGUUUGACAACACCAUUGCGCUGAGGCAGCUGGACAAGGCUCAUAGAGUCAUCUCUGGUCGGCCAGCUGCGAACUCAAGCGUGUCUAAGACACCUCGAAUCCUGACGCUGGGUGGUGACCACACGACCACGCUGAGCGCGCUGAGAUCUACCGCUGAGAAGUGGGGCGACGUCUCGGUCAUCCAUUUCGAUAGCCAUAUUGAUACUUGGGAUCCGUCCGUGCUAGGAGGUGGCCUGUCAGACUACGCUGGCAUCAACCAUGGCACAUUCCUGCAUAUUGCUCACGAGGAGGGCCUUAUCAGGAACACGUCUAUUCACGCCGGUAUCCGAGCCCCCGUGAUGAGACCCAAGGAUGACAUCCGCAAUGACGUACGCUGCGGCUUCGAUCUCAUCACCGCGAGAGCCAUUGAUAAGAUCGGUCCGGACGGGAUCAUAGAUCAAAUCAAGAAGCGCGUGGGAGACUCGAAUGUCUACAUCAGCGUGGACAUUGAUGUUCUCGAUCCGGCAUACGCUCCAGCCACUGGCACAGCCGAGCCUGGCGGCUGGACCAGUCGUGAGCUCCUCACCAUCCUGGACGGCCUGAGCGGGCUUAAGGUGGUUGGAGGGGAUGUGGUCGAGGUGGCUCCUAUCUAUGACAAUCCUGGAGAGACCACGCUUCUGGCAGCGGCGCAGGUUGGGUGGUCGCUACUGCAGCUGAUGGUGGAUGUCCCUGUGGAAUCUAAGGCCGAUAGAGAAACGUAAGGAUGGCGACUUUGUAGACAUACGUCUUGGGUGAUAAGCGGCCAGCUUUUCCUUCUUUCGUUCUGUGUCGCAUGCAGGGCACUUGAGAAGUAUAGAUGCAUACAGAACCCCUCUCCACUCCCUC